AUGGCUCUCAUCAACCUGUUGCUGACCAUUUGCUUACCGGUUGUUGUAAGCGCUGUCGCAUAUGGACUCCAUGCGCUUUACCAACACCGGUCCAAAAUCAACCAGCUCCGCAAACAAGGCAUAGCAAUGCCACCAGGAUGGAACUGGCUAACUGGUCACAUGUUUGUCCUGUCGGGGUAUCUCAACCGUUUGCCCCCCGAUGCCAACGUUAUACUUGCGACGCAAGAGUUGGCUUGGGAAUACACCGACACAGAGAUCUUCCUAUUGGAUGUCUGGCCCAUGUCCCCCGCACAGUACAUAGUGUUCUAUCCGGAAGCAGCGUCACAGGUUACCACUAAAUUUAACCUCCCCAAAACAGUUAUACACGACCGGUUCAUGCGACCGAUCACAGGCGGGCCUAGUAUGAUUUCUGUAGGGAACGCUGAGUGGAAGCCUUGGAGAUCAAUCUUCAACCCGGGGUUCAGUGCAGGUAGCAUGCAGGAUCUUCUGCCUGAAGUUAUCAAAUCAGUUAGUGUCUUUUGCGAUAAACUACGCGAAAAAGCCGAUUCUGGAGAGAUGUUUGCCUUGGAUGAUCUGACCACCAGAUUAACUAUGGAUGUAAUCCUCAAAGUGACCCUUGAUGCCGACGUUGACCAUCAAAAUUCUGACAACGUCAUUGCAACCGCUCUUGGUCAAAUCACCAAAUGGCAUUCGUUCUGGGAUCCCCGCGUACGGGCAAACCCACUACGCCCUUUAAUUCAGGGAUACUAUGGCCGCGUCGCGGACAAAUGGAUUCGUAAAGCACUGAAUGACCGAUUUUCCGAGAUCAAGCACGUAAAACGGGAUGUAUCAACCCGUUCCAAGCGUGCCAAAUCGAUCCUCACUCUAGCCUUGGAGGCAUACCUAGAGAAUAAGAAUGAAGAGAUCUCUGAGGCAACCGAGUUAGAUGACGACUUUACAAAAAAUGUAACAUAUCAGAUUCGACUGUUCCUCUUCGCUGGAACUGAUACCACGUCAAGCAGUAUCGCCUACGUGUAUCACCUCUUGUCCAAGCACCCUGAAGCUUUGACCCAAGUCCGGGAAGAACAUGACCGCAUAUUCGGACCAGAUCCUUCCGCUGCGGUGCAGCUACUCUGCGAACAGCCUUCACUGCUGAACAAAUGUCCAUAUACCAUGGCAGUCAUCAAAGAAACUCUUCGGCUCUAUACCCCCGCAAGUACUAUGCGUCAAGGCAUCGAUGGUUUGUCACUGACCGAUAGGCACGGCAAUCGCUAUCCCUUGGCGGAUGAUCUCAGCGUUUCCGUCUUACACCAGGCGGUACAUCUCAACCCAAGGGUAUGGCCACGAGCAAGAGAGUUCCUCCCCGAACGGUGGCUGGUGGAUGCAGACCACGAACUAUAUCCCGAUCCAGCCGCAUAUCGCCCGUUUGAGCAAGGGCCUCGCAACUGCAUUGGUCAGACUCUUGUAUACAACGAGAUGCGGACAGUCCUAGUGAUGACCGCCCGGACAUUUGAGAUCAAGCCAGCAUACGAUGAAUGGGACGCAAUGAAGGCGAAACAAAGGGGCUGGUUUGAUCAGAUUGCUGAAUCUGUAGGGUUCCAGAACAAGAAGCCUAAGCUGUUACACGGAGAAAGAGCAUAUCAGUCUGAGAAAGCCGGCACUCAUCCAGUGGACGGAUAUCCGUGCCGUAUCAGCUUGGUGGCAUAAAUACAAUAGCAGUCAAACAUUACUUUUCCAUGCAAUCGAAAUGCCUAUAACCUGGAGCAUUUUCCUCGAAAGAUGUCGUCUCAGAUAAUGUUACUCACGCAGCCACAUUAAAGUGCAGCCAGGAAGGCUUCGGAGCCCAUAUGCCAGGAAUGUAACGAGACAUAAGAUCCAAGUGCCCCAUUCGUCACAGUGUUUCAAAUUAGAGACAUUGGGCGUAGGCAAAGU